AUGCGCUUUUUUCUGCUCAUUUUGAUUCUAGUGACACGUGGAAUCCAAUCAAAAGGAAUCUACUUUGUGGAGGAAAGAGAUGGAAAGACUUAUACCCAGCCCCUGACUGACCAACAAUCAACGAAAAAAGUCGGAGAACAAAUUCGAGAGCUCUUUAACAUUGAUAUAAACCCAUCCGAACCACCAGUCAAGACGAAUUCUCAUGUGUCUUCUUACAUGAAAACAUUGUACAAACAACUGGAAACUUACGAACAUGGAGAAACCCACGAGGAAGAUGAAGUGAACGCAUGGUUGAGUGCUGACAGAAUUGUGUCCCAUAUGGCUCAAGAAGUCUCUCAUCGAUUCGAUGAUGGAUCCUACCGUAUCCGUUUCGCCAAAGAGCAUGUUCCAUCAAAAGAAGGUCAAUCUAUACUUCGUGCUCAACUAAGAGUCCAUAUUCAAGGAAUCGUCUCUCCCAUAUUUUUCUAUAUUGAAGAUACAAACCAAGCCGGAGACACUGUUCUUGUCUCAUCUGAAGAUCCUACAGUAGUCAGUGAUGUCACCACAAUGGUCGAUAGAUGGUCACAUCUACAACUGUCUACCCUUCCGAUUAUAACAGCAAGAGCGUCUACCGAAAAUGAGCUGAAAAUCGAGGCAUUCUUGGUAAUUGCUCUGAAAGAUGAAGAAGCAGGACCACCAAAAAGAAGAUCCCGCCGAGCUGCAGCGGCGUCUCCAAUCUCCUCAUCUCCCAUGAGACAAAAAACAAAACGGAGUGAAUCUGCCUACUUUGAAAAACCCGACGCAAAUGCACUUUGUCAACGAAAAGGUCUCUACGUGGAUUUCGAUACUCUCGGAUGGAAACAAUGGGUCAUUGCUCCAGAAGGAUUCAGUGCAUUUUACUGUGCUGGUGCCUGUUCUGCUCCAUUCCACAAGACAAUGAAUGCCACGUCACAUGCAAUUGUUCAAUCCACAAUUCAUUUGGUCCGACCGAAUACAACUUCUCCUGCGAAAUGUGCUCCAUCUCAUCUGACUUCGAUGAAAAUUCUAUUUGUGGACCAGAAGAAAAAUGUUCAAAUCAAACGGUAUCGAGAUAUGGUUGUGGAUGAGUGUGGGUGUCAUUGA